AGUCUUCCAUAAAACCCACAGAAAAAGAAGAAGCACAAAGGGCGCAGUACAUUAGUCUAGACAGUUGUCAGUGUGCUGGUGUUGAAGUUGUUGUUUUGACAAAAUAUAUUCUCAUACGGAGUUAAAAAAAAAAUUAUACUAGCUUGUGGACUGUCAAUUCUACAUUUUCAGCAAAAGAAGAUGGAAGGAGAUGAGUGUGGGGGGUUUCCUCCAGAACCGUCGGAGGGGAGCUCACAGAGAGGAAGUGUGGCAUCCUCUGUCACCCGUGCUCAAGAUGUGCUUGUGUACCUGGUGGGUGACAGUGCAGUACACCUGUGUGUGGAGGGGGUUGCCUGUGUGAGUGUCCAGGAGCUAGGCCGCAGUGUCCGGGAGGCUCUCCACAUUCCUGAUUCUGCAAUGGAUGCCUUUGCCUUCUGGCUCUGCUCUCCUCUGCUCGAACUGCAGUUAAAGCCGAAGCAUCAGCCUUACAAACUGUGCCGCCAGUGGCAGGACCUGCUGUAUCGCUUCACUGAGGCCUCAGAGGAGGACAUAUCUCAAGAUGAGCCCUGCUUGCAGUACAGAAGAAAUGUGUUUUAUCCCAAGUCUAAAGAGCUGCAGAUUGAAGACGAGGGGGUGUUGAGACUACUUUACGACGAGGCACGGGUUAACAUCCUCGCUGGUCGCUUCCCCUGUGACCCUGAAACCUGGACGGGUUUGGGAGCGCUGUCUUUUGCUAUGGAACUGGGAGUAGGUUUGGACGACCAGAAAGCCACUGCUGCUUUAAGAGAGAAGAAGCUGAUUUCCUUCCUGCCUGCACAUGUAUCAGGGGGAGGUGGGGGGCUGUUUUCUACCUUGAGGGGAAAAGGGGGCCGUCAGGCAGGGCUGGAGCACAACCUGUUGGAGGAGUAUCGCAAGAUCAGCACCUUAGGAAGCACCCCCCCGGAGCCCACUCAGCAUCUACGCCAGUACCUCAGCACAUGCCACUCUCUGCCUUACUAUGGGUGUGCUUUCUUCUCGGGGGAGAUUGACAAGCCAGCUCAGGGGAUUCUUCAUAGAGCAGGACGGAAAGCUGUCAAUGUGGGGAUUAGUCUGGAGGGGGUGUAUGUAAUGGACAUCAAAGAGAAGCAUGUGCUCCUGGGACUGCGUUUCAGUGAGUUGUCUUGGGACCACAGCUACCCCGAGGGGGAAGGUGACUCGCACAUCCUGUGGCUUGAAUUCGAUGGGGAGGAGGCCGGCACCCCUGUCAACAAGUUACUGAAGAUCUAUUCAAAACAAGCAGAACUUAUGAGCGGUCUUAUUGAGUUCUGUGUGGAGCUACAGUCUGCAGGCGAAGGAGGGGCGGCGACAGAAACGGACAAUGAUGUCAGUCUAUCCCAUCAGCCUGCUGGACAGGCAGGGAACAGUGACAGAGGAAGGGGCGGUCGGCGAGGGAAACUGCGCAGGCAGAGCAGUGUGGUGUGCAGUCGGGUCCAUACACUGAACACCAUCAGCUACGUGGACAACGGUAAAGAAAUCAAACGCUUGAAGCCGAAGAGAGCUGCUUCCUUUUUCACCAGGCAGGCACAGCCACCUACAUACUCAUCAGUACAGGUGGAGCAAGGUUGAGCCUCCAUCUCUGAUCUAGGCACUGCUCUAUACUACCCGGAGACCAAAACUGAACAUGCAAGUUGAGAUUAAGGCUAAAAGAUAUGUAGGGAGUUGGUGAGGUUUAUCUUCUUGAUCGCAAAAAUACUAUGGACCAAGAGUAGGAUUUAAGUGUGAAUAAAUAUUUAUGGUUAAAUGUUGUGUAUAUGAAUUUACGUUCUUUAGGUGCUGGAAAGUGACGUUGAGUGGCAUUGCUUCACUGGUCAAGUUGAACCAGUUGGAGUUGAAUAUGAAACUGUUGAUGAGUAGUGGUAACAUUGACAGUAGUGCCACCUUUGAGCUUUUACCCUUGUGAUAGGGGACCUUUAUUACAGUUCUCCUUCAGAUGGAGUUUGUGCAAUGACUAUGUACACUAUAUAUACAAAAGUAUGUGGACACCCCUUCAAAUGAGUGGAUUUGGCUAUUUCAACCACACCCGUUGCUGACAGGUGUAUAAAAUCAAGCACACAGCCAUGAAAUCUCCAUAGAAAAACAUUGGCAGUCGAAUGGCCUUACUGGAGAGCUCUGUGACUUCCAACCUGGCACUGUCAUAGGAUGCCACCUUUCCAACAAGUCAGUUUGUCAAAUUUCUGCCCUGGUCAACUGUAAGUGCUGUUAUUGUGAAGUGGAAACGCCUAAGAGCAACAACAACUCAGCCGUGAAGUGGUAAGCCACACAAGCUCACAGAACGGGACCACUGAAGCAUGUAGCGUGUAAAAAAAAAUAACCUGUCACCCGUUGCACCACUCAAUACCAAGUUCCAAACUGCCUCUGGAAGCAACAUCCGCACAAGAACUGUUUGGACCUUCGUUAAAUGGGUUUCCGUGGCCGCGGAGCCUAAGAUCACCAUGCGCAGUGUUAAGGGUCGGCUGGAGUGG